AUGUUUACGCCCUCAAGUCUGUGCAGAAUGACUACAAAAAGGGAGCAACAAAUUAUUGCUGCUUAUGACGUGGUCAAGUCCAGUAUCGACUCGUAUGCGAAGGAAAACGGUUCGCAACAAGUCUUUUUAUUGCCAGUGUCGAAGCUGAAGCCAGCCGAUGACAUUCAAAUCCUCUACGAUUACGGUAUCAGGAAUUUUGGAGAAAACUAUGUGCAAGAACUGAUUACGAAAGCUGGCAUCUUGCCCAAAGAUAUCAAAUGGCACUUCAUCGGAGGCUUGCAAACGAAUAAAUGCAAAGAUCUGGCCAAAGUGGAAAACUUGUACGCGGUAGAAACUAUUGACUCUUUGAAGAAAGCUCGCAAGCUGAAUGAAGCGCGUGCGAAAUUUGCGCAUGAUGCUCCCAAAAUCAACUGCAAUUUACAGAUUAACACGUCCGGCGAAGACCAGAAAUCGGGACUGGCAGACAAAAAUGAAAUCAUGGAAGCAGUGAAAUUUUUCCUAUCGGCUGAAGCUACACAUGUCACGCUCAAUGGUUUGAUGACCAUCGGAUCCUGGGAGAAAUCUCAUUCUGAAAACGAGGAAAACCAAGAUUUCAAAGCACUCAACGAUUGGAAACAACAGCUUGACAAAGCUUUCAAUAUAAACCUCAAGCUUUCGAUGGGGAUGAGUUCAGACUUUAAGCAGGCAAUUAAACAAGGGACCUCUGAAGUUAGAGUAGGAACACAAAUUUUUGGUAUCCGUCCACCCAAAAAUGAAGCCAGCAUUUGA